CUGCGUAAUGCUUAAUGGAGCUAGAAUGUCCAGGAUCGAUUUGCACAGGUGCCGUUUUGCAAACACGACACACCCACACACCCACACGCCCACACACGUGAACGGACACAGCGACAGGCACGGACACGCACAACCAUCACCACACAUUGGCGGAUGAAUUACAGACACCAUCACAUGACAUAGCGUGGCGCGGUGCUCACGCACGCGCUCCCAUGCUCAAAAGCCAAAAAUAUACUCGAUCUAUCAGCCAACCACCAAGCCAAAAAGUGCAGUCGAUUAUUCACCGACAACCAGUGUACUCUCUCAUCUCACCAUACACUAUCCGUGCGAUUGGUGACUCGAAAGCCCAAUUCACAAUACACACCUAUCGGUCGCAUCAUCAUUCCACAACGUAUUCCAUUCGUUUCUGCAUCUCUGCUGGUGCAGUGGUGGUGUUGUGGUUGACAUCUCUGCUGAGUGGUGCCCUCUUUGGUUUCUUAUAGCCGACCCAGCAGGUCAUGCACGGCUCUCGCUGCUCCUCGCGCCUCGCUAAGGUGUCCGGGAAGACGCAGGGAGAGAAGAGCGGAUGAUCACGAUAUGUCUCACUCGCACCUGCACCCAUCCAUCCAUCCAUCCACCCACCCAUCCAUUCAAUGACAAAACGAAUGAGAUCAGGUGUCUCACCGUGUUCGUAUGUCCUCUGCAGCCAAUCGGUUUUCAUCUCUUCACUGAGGCACUGUCUUGUUAUAGCGCGGAGCGUGCUCCUGGCGGUGGUGCUGUUGGGUGCGUUCCACAGCACCUUCCGGCUGUAGUACUUCAUCAAACGCAGCUUCUCGCGAAUGGCCUCUGGGUCCAUAUACAGCUCGUCAAGUACAGGCCUCAUCGCUUUCCGAGGAUCCUCCUUGAAUGCAGAGCCCUCCACCGCAUAAGUGAAGUUCCUGAACACGGACACAGACACACAUAGACGGACAACAUGCCUGCCUCCCUUGUGCUAUCUCAGUGUGCAUGUAUCUGACCUCCAUGGAACUUCGCAUUGGAAGGAGACCGCAUACCUGUACAUGUCCGCCACCUCAGUGAUCAGCACAUUCAGUGUAUGCCCCCAAAACCCGUCAGUGUUCCGCGAGCUCGUUACAUCGGUCCCCCGGAAGCACAGAUUCAGCUUCGAGUUGGCCAGUCGGUGCAUGAACGAAGCCUCCGCAUACAGUGGAUGUCGGUCCUUAUGGUCGCCCCCACCGUGGCACCUCUCGAAGUUGCCCAAUUUGACGCCGGUUGAGCCCAGAUUCUUGGUUCCGCGAGGGCAAUAAGGAAGCUCGCCUUUCCGCCUGGCAGUCGAGACGAAGACGUUCUUGCUCGGCGUGCAGUUGGUGCAUGAUUCGGGCGAAUAGUGCCAGCCCGCCAGGUGCUUCAAUGCCUUCUGUCUGAAGGGCCGGAAGCCAUCAAUGGCACCUGAAUGCAGACACCGUAUAUGGUGCAGUCCGUGCUGUGUGGUGAAUGUGUGAGUGCACCUACCCUGGAAGAACAUCAUGUAAUCGCGGGCGAACCAAUCGUAACGCGAUGGCGGGUCGAGUGCCGUGUGAACCAGGUCGUCCUCGAAGACAUCUGCGGGAUCGAUGAGGCCCCGCUGCAACAGACUCUCCUUCUCGAAGGGCUGGUAGGCAGGCUGCAGCGCUGUCAUGGAGGACCUGCAGCCACAUGCAGACACAAGCAGACAGACGACAGGCUAUACAAUACACACGCUCGGGCGGCGGACACACGUGUGUAUGUGGAUGUGUGCGCACGUGUGGGGGAUGGUGACAGCGCAGCCGAAGAGGCCUUUAUCUGAGAGACAGACAGACAGUUCAGGGAAUAAUCUCGUGCAGUGCUGGUCUCCCCCUCCUGCUCGCACACGUACGGUUGUCAGUGACGUGCCGUCCCCAUGUGAUGUUCUUGGCGAAGGUGGCGAAGGUCUUGCCCAGUGCCCGCUUGAUGUCGCCGUUUUUGAACUGCCAGUGAGUUGCCUGACGAUAGAUAGAUUGUUCAGCAUAUGCAGUCUAGCAACACACACACCAAGCGGCUGGUUCAGUGCCAUGCUCACCACCAUCACAUGAUCGAGGCCACCAUUCCUCCGCCAAUGGGGCAACUGGGUGACCUGAAGGGACGGGCAGCAUCACAUGUGCGAAACCUAGACCGACGUACGACUACGGGAACACUGGCUCUCACCUCCUUGACAGCAAUCGUACCCAGCAGGUGGAUCGCCUUCUUAUCCUUCUCCCCACAGGUGCGCUGCAGCAACAGAACUGCACACACAUAUGACAGUGCCACAAAACACACGCCAACAUGUGGUGAGCCAUCCAUGGUGCAGCACGUGACACUCACCCACCCACCCACCUGGGUACACAGGCAAGACGAAGACGAGCGCCUUGUCGGGGUCACGCGUCCUCCAUGGGUCGUUCCACAGCUGGUCCAGCCAGAAAACCUCAUUCAUGUUCUUCCGUUCAUUUCUGUCCAAGUCCUCGGGCCACUCCCCGUUCAGGAUGCUCUGCGCGGCCUCCUGGCACAUGUCAUGGAGCUCCGUCAGCGCCGGGGUAUCAAGAAUGAAGAACGGCACUUCCAGCUGACUCUCGAGUGCCUCCAGAUCAGCGAACCGGCCGCCGUAUGGAUGAUAUCGAUUGUCUUCUCCAGCUGAAGGCAGACCGCCGCUUGCCGUGCAUUGUCCCAUGUUGAAGACGGCGUGCAGUGUGGGAUGCAGAGGGGUGCCGAUGGUGGCGUUGAGCAGCGCAUCCCUGUAGUAGUGGGUGUAGCUGCCUAGUGGUCGGCGCAACAAGUUGAACAGACAGCCGGUGAGGGUAAGGGUCAAGGCUGAUGCAGUCAGUGCGGGGAGGGAGACCCUCAUACGCACCAACCAUGCAGAAACAGGGGAACAGCC